AAUAUAUAUAUAUAUUAUAUAUAAUUUUUCACACUUGUACUGAGCACUUGAACGUCGUUGUUUCUGCAGAGGAUGUGUGUUUGUCACGAUGGCCUCCUUUGAAAGCAAUAAGGGGAGUUUGCAGGAGGACAGCUAUGAAGGAGCCGUCGGUGGAGAUCUGUCCAUCUGCCAGUUGGCGAUGCUGGAGAUGGAGCGGGAAUCCCUCCUCAGCCCGUCAGAGGGCCCCGGCACCUUCAUCAGCAGCAACUCCACCAGCCUUCAGGCCGCUGACCCGCUCCAGGGCUACGAUGUGGAGUUUGACCCCCCCCUAGAGAGUAAAUACGAGUGCCCUAUCUGCCUCAUGGCUUUGAGGAAUGCCAUUCAAACACCCUGUGGUCACCGUUUCUGCAAGAACUGCAUCGAGAAGUCUAUUCGUGAUGCAGGCCAGAGGUGCCCCGUGGACAACGAGAGGCUGUUAGAAGACCAGUUGUUUCCCGACAACUUUGCCAAACGUGAGAUUCUAUCGCUAACCGUUCGCUGCCCGAACUCCGGCUGUGCCAACAAAAUGGAGCUCCGGCAUUUAGAGAACCAUUUGGCGCGGUGUCAGUUUGCCACCGUGCCUUGCCCACAGUGCCAGCAGUCUGUGAGAAAGAGCCACCUCGAGGAGCACAAAACUGAGGAGUGCCAAAAGAGAUCCAAGUCCUGUCAAGAUUGUUUGGCAACCUUUUACUAUGAGGAGAGAGAGCUUCAUGAGCAGCAGUGUCCCUUCGCCAGCGUGAAGUGCCAGUACUGCGAGAUGGAUCUCAUCAGAGACCAGAUUGAAUCUCAUUGUGACACAGAUUGUCCGAAAGCACCCAUCGCCUGUAACUUCAGCACCUUUGGUUGUAAGGAAAGGAUGCAGCGCCACAACCUGGCUCAGCACAUGCAGGAGUUCACGCAGAUGCACAUGCGCUACAUGGCCGAGUUCCUGCGCGGCCUUAGCCUCAACGGCACCACGCCCAAGUCCCUGUGGACGCUAGGACCUUCGGUUUCCCCCGAGGAUCAAGGCGCUGCUGCGGCAUCAGUAUCAGCAGCCUGUAGUGCGCCCAGAGGAGCUCCGUGCAGCGGCAGCGGCGGCAGCAGCAGCAGCAGCACCAGCACUAACUGUGCUCCAAGUCAGUCCAGUGAGGAGAUCCAGAGGCUGAGGGAGAUGGACGGACGGUUGGUGAGGCAGGAUCACCAGCUGCGCGAGCUCAUCAUCCUAAAAGAAACACAGGCCGGCCAGCUUGCAGAGCUCAGGCGUCGAGUGUCCAUGCUGGAGGAGACCGUGAAGGACCUGGAGUCCCAGCAGUGUCACGGCAUCUUCAUCUGGCGCCUCCGAGGUUUCUCCGCCCACCUGCGGAACCAGGAUGCGGGCCUGCCGGUGGUGGAGCACAGCCCCGGCUUCUACACGGGCUGCCCGGGCUACAAGCUGUGCCUGCGCCUACACCUGCAGACCCCCAACGCCCCGCGCUGCUCCAACUUCAUCUCCCUCUUCGUGCACACCAUGCAGGGAGCUUUCGACGGGCAGCUGAGCUGGCCGUUCCAGGGCACCAUCCGCCUGGCCAUCCUGGACCAGGGCCCCGAGGCUCAGCACCACACCGAGGUGAUGGAGACCAAACCGGACCUGCAAGCCUUCCAGAAGCCCGUCAUCCAGCGCAACCCCAAAGGAUUCGGCUACGUCACCUUUCUGCACCUGCAUCAGCUGAGUCAGAGAGCCUUCGUGAAAGAUGACACUCUGCUCAUCCGCUGCGAGGUGACGCCACGCUUUGACAAUACGCUCCACCGCGAAGGACCGGCCGUGCAGCCCAGAGGACCCGAGGUUUCGAGGGACUAAAGUCAAACUCGUAUCUAUAGUCUCAUCAUCAUCAUCAUCAUCAUCAUCAUCAUCAUCAUCAUCGUCAUCAUCAUCAUCGUCAUCAUCGUCAUCAUCAUCAUGCCGAGAUGUCAGAACAGCACAUCUUUCAGUGUUUAAAUACUGCUCGGUUCAUUUUAAUUAAUGCACACCAGGAGGAGAGAAAUGUAAUGUUCACACACAUUUCACAUUUGGACACUGCAAGUAGUAGUAUUUAUUUGUUCACCAACUUUUAAAUGUCUGUGUUUGUUGUUUUAAUAAAUGUAAGCCGAACAAUCCUUUUUAAUUAUAUCUGAAAUGUAUGUAGUCACCUGAAUGGUUUGUUUAAUCAGCUCGACUUCUCCGGGUUAAGAUGAGCCCUUGCUGGCUGAACACUUCCGAACAUUUCAGAAAGACUUUGCGCUCCUGCUCUGGUUGUUGGGGACGGCGCUGAAUGUUAAAGGUGCUAAAUUUGAAAUUCAGUAGGUUGAGAGCCAUGUGAAGGCAAACCUUCGAUCAUAGAAAUGCACAGAAGUUUUGAAUUUAGCACCUUUUUAAAGAUAUGUUUUUUUUUUAAAUGUGCUUUUAAGUUCUCUCCAUUGUAUGUAUUUUUUACUUUUUUUUUUUUAAAUCAUUGUGUACUAGCAAACACGAGGAUCCACGUGUAUGCACAGGGGGCAUGUGGCUGAUGAGACACUUAUGACUGCAGAGGGUGGUCACAUAGAAAAGAGGGGGGGACAUAAAAAUGAAGAAAAAGCCAAACGGGUGAAAAUAUCAUAUUUAAAACAGGCCCAAAUUACUUCUAAACACAUUUUGAGAUCUUAGUCCAACAAAAACAUCUGGAAGAGCUCCAACAUCAUCUUAUUUUCAUGCUUUUGAUGUCCAAAGACAAGGAAACCUGAGGUGAGCAACUUCCAUUUGAAUGAAUGGAAGUUGCUAUCUUGUUCUAAGAAUUUGGUAUCCAUUUAUUUUAAUAUAUAUCUAUUGGGGGACACAAGAUGCUGAGAAGUAUUAUGUCAAGUCUCAACACGUUCUUCAAAGAGGAGGAGGGUUAUAUCACAUCCCUCGGUUUCAUGGUAUUACACUGGAUAUUCUGUGGCGGUAACAUGGAAAGAAACUUGGAAAUGUUUCAAAGCAAAGGAUGAAGAACAAGUGUUUGUAUGGAUAUCUGGAAAAAAAAUGCAAAAUAUUCAAAAAUCUGCUUCGCAAAUGUAUUAUUUGUUGCACCUCAACCAUACAUACAUACAUACAUACAUACAUACAUACAUACAUACAUACAUGUGUAUUUUGAUGAGAAACUUUGUUGACACAAAAAAACACUUUUUCAAGUAAUGUCAUUUUAAUUAAUAGCGACACAUUCAUGUGUAUUCCGAAUUCAGCAUUUCAUGCUUCACUACUUUUGACUGUGUUGUUCUUGACACUUUUCUUUUUAAACAUGGAGCUUCUGCUAACACGGUUUCAUCACCUCUGCAGAUUCAUGCAUAUUAUAUUACAUUACAGCUGUGCAUGUUGGUCAUUAAGCUGCUCAUGUUGCUUCUGACAGAAUUCAUGGUGCCUUUCACACAAGUUCAUACCCAACGUGACCUCAACCCGAUAUUUCAAAAGCAGACAUAAAUAUUCCAUCAUGGGUCGGUGUCUUUACUUUAAGCCAACAUGCUGCCUGUUAAGCCUUUACGUGACGUAAUUAAUAUCUUGUUUUCUUUGUUAUAAUGUCGUUUCUCCAUCUGUAACAUUGCCUUAUUAGGAUUCUCAUUCAAAGUAAUAUGACUGUGUAAAAAAAAUGAUAUCUGUUUGUGGUAAAAAAAAUGUAACGAGAUGUUAUAUUAUCCAAUAUUGAUGAAAAUAGCCCUAAGCUUACUUUAAGUCACCUCCACUGUUAUGUCUAAUAUGAAAUUGUGUUCCACGGACAAAAUGUUAUACUUUUUGCUUUCCUAAAGGAGCUUAUUUCCUCUAAUAAAGGUACAUUCAGAUAAGUCUGG